CAAGUAGCAUUUCUGUUGACAUUUUUAUAAUAACUAUUGCUUUUGGUGCAACGGUAUCAUUUCCAACGAGGUAUAAAUAAAAAAUGCACACAAAAACACAUACCCACACGGUGUCUUAUAGCAUCUCGUAAUUGUGACGUAAAGAAAACCGGAUAAGGGCACACUCCAUGGGUGGGUUCGAUUGGCUUUCAUGAGUUAACGCGGAUUUAACCUCGUCCCCACCCAUCUCGCAUGUUUGACACAGCACACGGCCAUUUCCUUGCCAGGAUUGCCCUGUGUAAGCUAAUAGAACGCACCCCAACCUUGCUUGAGCAGCAGGCGCAGUAGACAAACCAACCGUUACCUAUGAGCUCGGUUUUCCCUUCGGUUUUAGUUUUCGUCAGGUGAUCGAGUGUAGAGAAGCGCUUGGGGUGUGCAUAGCCCGUGAUGGGAUCCUCGAAUUGGGCGGGAUCCUGUGAAUUUAUACCGUGAAUUUCAAAAUUUUCUAUCCGUAGAGAUAUCAGGGAUCUCUAGGUGGUAGGUCUGUAGCCCACAAACCUUUUGAUUAUUCGCUCUAUAAAUUUUGUCCACGUGGAGAUUCCAACCUGGAAAGAAACCGAAAUGAAGAUGCAACUUUGGCGACGCUCAGUAUACAUUUUUACGGCGCCCAUUUACGUGGGCAAACAGUAUGUGUCAGUGUUUGCCGAAUAAAUCUGGUUAAAGCGAUUGAAUAUCUUUUUUCAACCUAACAAACCAAUGAGAAACGUCUCCAAUGCGUUUAUGUUAAUGCCAAGCACCAACGUCGGCGGGCAUUAAUGACUGCCCGUACCUGACACUGUUGUCACAGCGCACUUCGUCAAGAUAACUGUCAAGGGAGUGUGUGCGGAGAGACGACACUUUUGACAUAAAGGUGGUUAUCCAGUCAAUUCGGCUUCGGCGAUGUACCCGUUCCUGUUUCUCCUCGCAGGGGCUGCAGCCUUUGGCCUCACGGGGGCCAACCAGACGAGGCCCCUGUACAUUGGGGGUCUCUUCCCGCUAUCGGAAGAGGAUGGAUGGAGUCGAUACUUCGGGUGGGCGAGUCUAAAGGCCACCGAGAGAGCCAUUGCCGACAUCAACAACUCAUCGGAAGUCCUUCCCGACUACGAAGUAGUCUUGAUUUAUAAUGAUACAGAGGGGGAUAAGGUGACUGCACUGAACAUGCUGUACGAUCAUAUCUACACGCCACCCGUCAAAGUAGCGCUGAUGGGAUCGGUGUUGUCCUCGGUGACGGAAAGCGUCGGGGAGGUUGCCAGCCGCUGGAAACUUGUGGAGGUCUCCACUGCCGGCUCCUCCCCGGUGCUAAGUGACCGUGUCCGCUACCCGUACAUCUACCGGGUGCUGACGUCAGCCGCCGGGUUCUCCCAUGCCGAAAUGGCGAUCAUUCACCGGUUUGGCUGGAUAAAGAUCGCCACACUACACGAGACUGUCGAGCCUCACGUCGGGACUACAAUCGAGAUGCAGAGAUUAGCUGAAAGCAAUAAUGUGAAUGUUAUUGCUGCCGAGAGCUUUCUGAGUAAUCCGUAUGACGCUGUCCAGCGCUUAAAGGACAAAGACGCCAGGAUUAUAGCUGCAAAUUUCUACGAAGGUCGGGUGCGAAAGGUGUUUUGUAGCGCAUACCGGUUAGGUCUGUACGGGCCACGUUACGUGUGGAUGCUGCCCGGCUACUACGCCGAUGGCUGGUGGAAGGUACCUGAGGAGGGCGUCACCUGCACGCCCGAGGAGCUAAAGAAGGCAAGCGAGGGCUACCUAACGAUCAUGUGGAGCCAGUUUGGACGGGAGGAAGUCAACACCAUUGCAGGAAUAACUCCCGCAGAAUACCGGCGGCAAAUGGAACCCGUGGUCGGUUGGAACCUGUCCGUGUCAGGUCGUGGCCUGACCGCCACUGCCUAUGAUGGGAUGUGGGCGCUGGCCCUCGGCUUACACGACGCCCAACAAGAGCUGGGCCGGCCGCUGGAUUCCUUCGCUUACGGCGAUAAGGAGUACGCGGACAUCGUUAGCCGCAACGUCCAAAGCCAGAAAUUUCAAGGCGUCUCGGGUCCGUUUGGUUUUUCUGAGCUUGGUGAUAGAGUUGGAACCCUUCUCAUUGAGCAAAACAAAAACGGAGUAGAGGAGGUAAUAGGCACCUACGACAUAGACAAUAACGUAAUUUCCUGGCUGCUCAACACCAGUGACAUUUGGUAUUAUGCAGGCGGCAAGGCUCCGUUUGAUUCUGACAACACCGAGACACAAGAGCUCCUACAGUCCACACCCAUCGCUAUCCUGGUGACGGUCUGGGUCUUGUGUGGUCUCGGAACCAUCUUUGCCAUUUCCUUCAUAGCUUUCAAUGUUUGGAAACGGCAGAAUAGGCAAGUGAAGAUGUCCAGCCCCAACGUUAACAAUCUGAUAUCCGUUGGUAUCAUUUUGGCUUACCUCUGCGUGGCUCUCAUGGGAGUUGAUCGCUCCUUGGUCGAGGACAAAGCGUUCCAGAUUCUCUGCACGGUUCGAUCCUGGGGAUUGGCCUUGGCGUUUACCAUUGCAUUUGGGGGGAUGUUCACCAAGAUGUGGCGAGUGUACAGCAUUGUCAUCCACAACAAAACCAAACGAAAGGUUAUCAAAGACCACCAUCUCUUCAUUAUCAUCGGUGUACUGCUUCUUGUCGAUCUGGCUAUCCUUAUUCCCUGGCAGAUCAGCGACCCAAUGCAGGUCGUGACGGAAAAGGUUGCCGUUCCGCAGACGGACGAGGACGUAGCCUUGUACAGGAAGUUCGUAGAGUUACACGUCAAAUGCACCUCCACCUAUGACACCAUAUGGACUAUGGCCUUGAUCAUUUACAAGGCCUUUGUCGUCGUCUUUGGCGCCUUCUUGGCGUGGUCAACAAGAAAUGUGAAUGUUCCAGGCCUGAACGACAGUUACUACGUGGGUCUGUCCAUAUACAACACAGUUAUAUGCUGCGUGGUUGUCGUACCCUUGUCCAUUUUGAACGUAUCCUCUAUGGGCGUGACCUACGCCCUGGUGGCUGGUUUCCUGCUCCUCUGCACGACUAUGAGUCUGUGCAUGCUCUUUAUACCAAAGAUCAUAGCGGUGUUCCGCAAGAAUGCCGUCUCGGAUCAGGUCAACUUCACCGGUAACAGGGUCGGGGCCAGCAGCCGCCCCAACCCAGGAGAACCCCCCAGCCAGCAAGCACUGUGUAGCACCAUUCCCACGGACAGCAAGGGGAACUCCAGCGCCACCGGAUGAAACAAUGUCCAAGCUGGCCUAGACCAACUUUUUGUUGAAGUUGGGGGUUUUAAAAGAAGAAUCCCCCCCCCCAAAGAUAAUUGCCAUUUUGGUCCUGAAUUUCCUCUACUUGUGAUUGCUUCUAGUUAGUUUGUAGGGUUUUACUUAUUGAGUAUCCAGUCGAAAUAGUGAAAAAUGACAUUUAGGGAGACGGUGUCAGCUCUUUUUGUUCUUACCAAAAUUUUCAAUAAUUGUGGAAACAUUGCUCAAUAUUUGAAUGGUGUAAAUCUCAUUUUGGAAUGAAACCCUUUAAGUACUACAUAGACUUUGUAAAUCUAAAACCCACUUGAGACUCUAUAAGCCCCCCCCCCAAGAAUAGUUUGUCUCUGGACAGACCGAUGUCGAUACCACGACGUGGCUUUUUUCCCCUUUUCCUCUUAUCUUGGGUUGUAUAGAUAAUUGCAUACACACGUAGGUGAGUCAUGGGACUAGACGAGCAUUAUUAUGAUUAUAAACUGGCAAAUUACUUCCUAUCUAUAGUCUGCUGUCAUUGUUCAGCAUCAAUCUCGUCGGGAUCUAUCGCCCUUAAUAGUAAAAGAUCGAGCUGCAAAAAAAUUACGGUGAGGCAGUGUGGCAGUAGAGGGCGCUGUUGUAGGUCUCGCAGAGAGAAAAAGGAUUGAGACGUGCAUGCUUGAAAUCGAUACGCGCGCUGACCAGAGACGAAAGACUUUCUUGGCCUAAGAUGUCACGUCCUUUAAGAACACAAGACUUAGUUUAGGGAUUAAAACUAAGGAUGUUAAAAACAAACAAACUUUGUGACUGGAUUAAAAGGCACCGUCCAUGCGAAGUAUAAACAGGGACUUCUGUCUGUGUCCUGUUAUUAGAAAGAAAAAUAGAUUGAAAUGUCAUAUGACGAUGAAAAUUAGCUUUCUACAUUAACCAUUGGACAAUGAUUCAGUCAUGAGAAAAAAAAAACAGAUCUAUCAUUGAAAUUUAAGGUUUGUCGUUUUAAAUCUUGAGUUCCGAAGCAUAUUCCUGAUCAUUUACGCCGUUUUUACAACUGCACUUCUAAGUCCCCUAAAUCUUUGAAAAACUUAAAUAUUUCUUGUAAUAGUCAACGUUUGUAAAACAUUAGAUUCGAUGCAACUUCUGUCAUUUUGUGCACUGUAGAUGGUCCCAAGGAUAAAAAUCAACACUCUGCUCCCCCAAACCGGAUUCCUGAACGUGGUUCUGGCUAUCUUACGAUGAGGUGCUGAAGUUGACUCUGCUAUGUCGAAAUGGCCAGCUGCCAACUGCUCUCUCAUACACAACGUUGGUUAGGAGCUUCCAUUUGGCAUUUGGCAUUACCGUGUUUACGAAACGAUAAUUUUUUGCGGGACUCCACAUGGAAAUUAUACAUUCCGCCUCCAGAUAUGCAGCAUUGAGAAUGCAUUCUUGACAAGCAAUUGAAACCCCGUUGAAACUGUGUUCCAUUUGCACGCCUUUCCUGUCAUCUUCUAGUGAUAGAAUCUCGAUUCAUCUUCGUGUAUAAUUGAUUAAAUUACAGAUAUGAAAGAAGUCUCAUUGUUUGGUAUAAGUUUAAUUGGCAGAUCGAACUUUUCACUAGAGGAGCAAGUCUAGAGUGUAGUGGCAACUUCAAUUUUUACAACAAACAAAGUGUGUUAACUACAGCUCUAAAUGAUUAAAGGAACCAGGAUAUGGAUUUUUCUAGAA